UGCGUUGAUCAGCCUCUUCCUCAUCCUGACAGACCGGACAUCUCAUUAUAGGGAACUUCACUGCGAGAAUCAGCUGCGGCGUCCGAAGUCGAGUCGAGUUGAUGUCAGAAAAGUCUAGUUUUUUAUCAUCAUCAUCAUCAUCUUCAUCGUCAUAAUUAUUAUUGUUUGUGUUUACGGGAAAGUUUACACUGAUAGGCUGUCUGCUCUGCCAACGCGGUGCUCCAGAGGACAAACAGAUGGUCGCAGCAAAUACGAAGUAAAAAAAAAAAAAAAAGAGAAGAUGGAUCAGCCAGGUCCGUUUUCAGGUGUUGAGAGAACUUUCUGGACAGUUUGGAACUAUAUAACAGAAGCUGUAGCCCGCUUCCUCAGGCCACAAGCCACUGACACAGGAAACAAUGGCGCAAACUCAGUCCAGGAAUCUGCAGCUGUCAGUGAGCCUGGAAGCUGUGGUCGUGCAGAGAGUGACCUCAGAGGAAGGGAAGGAGAUGAGGAACAAGCGCCUCUUGCAACAGCCUCUGUGGUCAACCUAUCUCGGACAGCUGUUGCCUGGGAAAGCGGCUCCGGGCCUCAGACAGAAAACAAGCAAUGUGCGACACCGCUCAACAGAGGGAGUGAAAGCCCAGUAUCUGACGGCGGUGAGGGUAUGCGAGAGGAACAGGCUGCCCAGACAGCAAAUCAAGACUCAGGACUGCUCACUGCCAAAGAUGCCAGAGCAAAAGAGGAAGAGGAGGCAAAAAAUAGUGAUGGGACCAGGACUCAGGAUCUCGACAGCAGCUCAACAAAUCUUACAUAUGAUGCAGCGAGUGAAGACAAAAGGGAAGAUGGCAGAAAAAAUAGCCUUGUGGAAGAGAUUGAUCAGGCAAUGAUGAGUGAUUAUCAGCACAAAGUAGAUGAAACCAUGGGAAAUUCCCAGGAUGAGGACAAGGAAAAGCUCUGUGAGGAAGAACCAGGAGAUUUCAAAGAUCCACAUAUUUCUGUGAUGUCAGAAGAAACUGCAGUCAGUUUGCUCAUUUUCAAAGAUAAAAGCUUAGAGGAGGAGGAUAACAAGAAUACAGAAUAUACAGGAAUGCAGAAGAAUGAAGAAGAUGCAACAGUGACACAUGAGGUAUCUUUGGGAGAAGAAACUGAUGGAAGUGAUGGUGUCUCACAGCUGACCCAGUUCAAUAUCACAACCUCUGCAAGUGGCUUCAAGUCUAAUGAGGGACUGGUGGAACCUGAAGACGGACAAGUCCAGGAAUCACUGCCCACCUCUGAAAUGAUGUCAGAUGAAGACAGAGCUGUAAAGGGAGACGCAGGCAUCGCUGCUCCAGACACAGUGCGACAUGUUGAAUUACAAAUGGCCGACAACAAAAGCAGCAUUGUCGCAGAUGAUGAGAUAACUGUUGUCAGACAAGAGCAGACAAUGGCUGAGAGUACUGCAAGAGCUGCAAAUAGUGAAGUUGAGGAUGAGAAAGAAAAGGAGGAUAGGAGUGCGGUGGUCGAGAGUGAGUUGGGUGCUACAGUUGAGGAAGAAAAUGUCAAAGAGGUGGAAGCAGGUGCAGUCGGGAUACCAGAUGAAGUGAGAGAACAAGAGGAUCACUUUGAAGUGGUGACAGAAGACAGCAAAGAGGAAGAAAUCAUUAUAACUGAACUUAUUACAUGCAGUGAAGGCUUCACACAGUAUGCUAAUCUAGAUGUGCACAGAUGUGAAGAUGAGGAGACUCAGCACUUGGAAGUGGGAACCAAAACAAGUGAGGAAGAUGAUCUUGAAAACAAGAAUUCAGGGAUUUCAGGAAUAUUGGAAUCUGUCCAUGACGUGUCAUUGCCUGACAAAAAUAGCAAAGUGACAAGUGUAAACAUUGCAGUAGAUGAAAGAAGUACAGAGGAAGAAGUGGUCUCAAGUGAAAAAGAAAAAACAGUAAGUGACAAGGAAAGAACAUGCACCACCAGUGCAGCAACAGAAAUAGUAAAACCUGAAAGCAACAAUGGAGAGGAAACAAAUGGAGAGUUCAAAACUAUUUCCCAAGGGUCUCGUGUGCCUCAGGAGCUGAAUUGUAUACCAUGUGGGGAAACUGAAGAGGGAGUUCCUGGAUACAACAAUGGACAUGAGCCAGAUGAAAAUACAACACAAAGGUUCCUGAAAGGUGGAGAUUAUGAGGAAAUUCAGACCACCCAGUUACCAGAAGAGGUGGAGAGCGUCCAAAGCAUCAGCAGCAGCACUGAAGUUGGUCAUUUUCUGACUAGUGAGCAUAUGGAAGAGGAACAAGACUCAGAACUUGAAAGUACAGAGAGUAUCGAUAAGAGCUUUGAUGUGGUUGUCGAGGAAGCGACUGAGAUACUGUGCCUGACAGAUGGUGAAUUUCAGCAGGAAACUGAGAAACCGCUGGCUCAACCAGUGAGAGACACAGUGACUCAGGCAUCAGGACAGUUAUUUGCUACAAAGGCAGGACAAUUGGACAUAUCAAUGAAGACAGGAAUUCAACAGUCAGAAAAGGCAUUUGGGACCAAUGAUGAAGCUGAUGGGACAGAAAAAGAACUGCAUGAUAAGACUGAGGAGCUUCUGGUUGAGUUUGCAUUGAAUGAGGAGUUACGUGAUCCCAGAGAAGCUGAUUCUGAGGGGGCGAUCGCAGUGGAUGAUGGACUCAUGAUUGAUACAAAUACACAACAUGGGGAGAAAACAGCAGCAGUGUCAGAAGAAGAGGUCGGAUUAUCAGGCGAACCUUUGAAAUCCUCUGAGACUGAAUCACAGCAGAUGACAGAGACAAGAUUCUCUGAAUCAUUUGACGCUACAGUAUCAGAGCAGAGCAGCAGCAGGACCUCUUCUCCACUAGAGGACAUUUCUGAACCAAGACAGUCAGUUGAGGAAACCCCAGAAUUUCUUGAGGAUAAUAAUGACACAGCAACAGAAAUGGAAGCUGCAAGGUUUGAUAUGGGGGAAAUAGGUUCUGGAGUGGAGAAUUAUGCAGCAAAAAGUGAAUCAGAAAACAAAACUGAACCUGAAUUAUCUGGAGAUGCAAACACUGAGCCACCAGUUGAAUCAGUGGAGACAAAACAUGAAAUAUCAGGCAUAGCAUUUGAGACCAGAAUUGAAGAGACACUGAUAGACACUGAAUUGUCUGAUCAGUUGAUAGAGAUUGAUCCAGAGUCCAAAGCAGAAAAUACAGAAAUGAUGUUAAUGGAAACCGAAAUGGCAAAGCACAGAACAACAGAAAAUGUGUCAGAUUUAGAGGGUAGCUCAGGUUUUGAACACACAAACGAGACUGAUGAAGUACUUGACAUGCAGAUAGAGACAGUAUUGAUGGAGAACACUGAUGACACUGAGACUAAAAUUAUCAGUGAAUCAACAGGAAGGGAACCACCGGAGGAGAAGGAGCCUGAACCGCAAACGGACAUCAAAAUGCAACCAUCAGAAGAAGUACCAAAUGAACUGAGAGAGGGGCCGAUAGAGCAAUCAGUGGAAUCAAAUGUUGCUGAGUCUGGAUCAAUGAGUGACACAGAGAUAACGUCAUCAACAGAGUCUGGAUUUUUGGACAAAUCCCCAGAUGAAUGGGGCACACCAAAGAAUGAGACUCACCUACUGACAUUAAGUGAUACAGGACCAUUUCAAGACAUGCAUGGGAUGUUGGUUCAGGACAUAUUGAUGAAUGAAAGUGCCAAGGAAAUGCAGGCAUAUAUUGAGGAGGAUCAGUCCAUAAAUGCAAUACCUGGAGAGGAAACAACUCAGAUCGGAUUUCUAGGGAAAGCCCCUCAUUCAAAAGUUAUACUGUCAGAGGAGAGGCAUGGUGAGUUUCCAGAUGAAUCCCAAGAAGAAAGAGAAACAGAAAAAGUUGAACCAAUGGAAAGUGAAACAGGAUUACAGAAGGAGGCUGAUCUUGAGAUAACAGCGGAGUCCAUACUAGCCCAGGAAACUGACCGGAAAGAGGCUGAAGACGCAGAUGUCGCAUCAGUAGCAAAAAUGAAAGAUGAGACUCUUGAGUUGGUGUCUGAGCUUCCACAGGAAAUCAAACAAGAUGAUUCUGGACAGUGCAGUGAAACAGAGGAGGAUGAGUCGUCUGCGAUUCUCAGGGAGAGCACAGAGCCGGACGCCUGGGCUGUGUUGGUGGAUGGCUCACAUGGGAAGACCUGUCCUGAAGCCCAGCAUCAACUUAGUUAUCCCUCACUGGACCGAGCACAGCCUGGGGAGUCGGAGACGGAGCCACCAAGGACAAAAUCUGGACAUCAGUUUGAGGUACAUGCCUCUAUAUUAGACUUCACUGCUCAAAGAUCAAGAAUUGCUGUUAAAAACCGUCAUGUAAGGCCACCAAAAAAUCCCCGCUCCCUUCUACAAAUGCCGUCUGUGGAGCCCGAACCCUCUGGGCGUCCGCCAGUCAAAGCCAUUGCAGGGGUGCCUUUGGGAGGCUUGGGCAUUGGAAUAAAACUGCCAGGACUUGGUGCUGGUUUUCCUGUUUUAAAAAAGACACCGCGAGUGGAAAAGGAUGAAAAUAAUGCAGAAGGCUCCUCACAGAAAUCUGAGGCAGAGCCGGAAGUGAAGGAUGAUGCUCCCAAACAGGAGGAGGCCGAACACAAACCUAAAUGGAUGCCCCCAAAACACCCAGGAUUUGGAAAUCCACUUAUGUCUGAGCUCAAGAGCAAACUGAAGAAAACAGCAAAAGAGUGAGAAGAUGGUUAAUGGAAAUGCCUUAUGUAAAUAUCUGACAAUAUGAUGUAACAGGUCUUCUUUUUUAUGUAUUUCUCAAACAAUUGAAUACAAUACCCAUAUGCUUAUCA